CUCACUGCAAAAGUUGGUGGGUGCACUAGGAAGACCAUCUGCAACUUUUUUCCAACUUUCACGGCAUCUGGACAGCAUGACUCAGAGGUUGGUAGCCCCGCGGCGCAUGCCACGGCUUCUUCCACAAGGCUAUCAACCCUAGAAAUGCAUUGUGACUACGUGUUGUGGAAUGUCGCACUAUUUGUCGUUCCGGUGGCCGCAAGUAUAGCUAAAAGACCAUGCGAAGGAGGUGGCGAAAAAACUUGCACAGGAAAAGAAAAAUGGUGUCUGGUUGAUGAAAAUGGAGAUGUCCACGAAAAGUGUCGCGACUUGGAUUGUAGUUCUUCAAGAUUUUCAUGUUGGUUUCAAUGCCAGGGUGACACAACACUGGCCUGCCAUAAAAGCCCCACGGACGAUCAAUGCAUAUGCUCAUGCGUGAAAAACUUUUGCGACAAGAAUGAGGGCCAGAAAUGCAGCGGUAAAACAAAAUGGUGCUUUAAUGAAACAGCAGGCUUCACUGAAAUGUGUGGUGAGUCAGGUUGCGAUGCCUCAAAAAGUCACUGGAAAGUUUGCAAAACACCUGGUACCGAGAUGUCCUGCGAGAAGACCUCAGACAGUGAUGCAUGCCACUGCACCUGCGUGGAAAGAGUUUGCAGUAACCAACAAGGAAACAGAUGCACCAGCAACAAAAUGAAAUGGUGUAUGAUCAGUGACAAAGGACGCUAUACUGACUCAUGUAAUGACCGGAAUUGCCACCCUUCAACACUCCCGUGGAAAAUUUGCUAUAGACGUGAUUAUAAGCCGUCUUGCCGAAAGACGACCCUUGGUACUUGCCUGUGCACCUGUGUGAAAGGCUAAAGCGUUUGUUCCAUCACCCCAAGCUAUGGCACCCCAUGCGGAAAAUUUUCUACAAUAAACAUAUUGAAAAAAUAUC